CAAGCUUUCGGUUCCCGGCUCUCCAAUCUGGGCAAAAACCAGCCAUUGACGUAUCAAUAAUCAAAUAAUGAAUGAAAUACUAAAAUUGUGAUAAAACCACUUUGUGAUAACACUAACGUGAAUGUGAUGCAUCGAAUUCGUGCCAAACCCUUUGAAAUUGCGUGAGCCCUUUGCGACAGCUGAUCGAAAUCGCAGCUAACCAUGAUGAUAUGACUUGAGUGUCAAACCGAAAAAAGCGCUUCACUGUCUUAUUUCCUUUAAUUUGGUCGUUAUCACUUAUCAGUGGGCUAGUUCUAUGUUUGUGUCGGGUCCGUAAUGCCCCAAAGCGCAGUUCCUAGCCAUGGACAUAGUCGAGAGCGUGUCAAAACGGACGUUUAGUGGCUCGAGUGGUACUUAUAAUGUCCAAGCUUUAGAACUGGCAGCAGCACGGGAACGGAGCAAACUGAAGGGCUUUAACAUCACGGUGCGUUUUCUCGACGACACUGAGCAUGAGUUCCAUGUGGGCAAAAGGUGCAAAGGCAGCGUUAUCAUGGACCAAGUGUACCAGCACUUGGAGCUCGUUGAGAAGGACUACUUCGGGCUCCAGUACUCGGAAAAUGGGAGUGCUCCCAAUGUCAAUAAACCGGAACUCAUGCGUUGGUUAGAUCCGUCCAAACCCAUCAAAAAGCAGCUGAACAACUGCCAAUACCCUUUGUAUUUUAGAGUUAAGUUUUAUGUGUCUGAUCCAAGUAAGCUGCAAGAGGAGUACACGCGAUACCAGUUUUGUCUACAAAUCCGCCGAGAUAUUCUAGAAGGGAGGCUGGUUUUAGCCCCCAGCACUGCCAUUCUUUUAGCUAGUUAUACAGUUCAAGCCGAGUUAGGGGAUUAUCAACCCGAGGAACAUGGGCCCAAUUAUUUAUCCAGCAUACAACUCAUACCAGGACAAUGCGAGGAAAUGGAGAAGAAAAUUGCAGAAUUACAUAAAUUACACAAAGGACAAUCUCCAGCUCAAGCUGAAUUUAAUUUUCUCGAUCAUGCAAAACGCAUCGAAAUGUACGGUGUAGAGCUCCAUAAAACUCGAGAUAACACCAACCGGGAAAUUCAGUUAGGUGUGACCCAUAUGGGUCUGGUCGUCUUUCAAAACAACAUAAAAAUCAACACAUUUUCAUGGUCGAAAAUAAUGAAAAUUUCAUUCAAACGUAAACAGUUUUUCAUCCAGUUGAUCCGCGAACUGUCCGAAGAUUACGAUACUUUGCUCGGAUUCAACAUGGAAUCGUAUCGUUCGUCAAAAACACUCUGGAAAGCUUGUGUUGAACAUCACACUUUCUUUCGAUUGGAUUCACCAAAAGUUAAACGAAAAUUCCCUUUUUCGUUGGGCUCGAAAUUUACUUAUUCUGGUCGGACUGAAUUUCAAACAGUUGCCGAUGUCAAACGAAGAGGAAAACUCGAACGGAAAUUUGUUCGAUCGCCGAGUAAACAAUUGGUUCGUCCAGUGCCACCAAUUGAAGAAAAGGGCAAAGGGAUACUAGCCCCAGGUCGCCCUCCGAGACCUUACGAUAACAAAGUCACUUCUUUGGGGGCCAAAGAACCGAGGAAAGCAUGGGCUGAUGAUUCACAGUUGUCUGAUGAUUUUGUGUUGCCUUAUAGCGAUGGUGGUUUUCUGGAACGUACUCUAGAAGGUCCAUUUUCCCCCGGUGGCCGUGUUUUAAGUUACGUUGAUGAGGAAAUUCCAUCGCCUACUUCAAACGGUUUGUAUGAUACACCUCCAUACAGCGCUAGCCAUUCGCCAACGUCACAAAUCACCGAUGAAACUCUAGUAACUAUUACUUUACAUCCCGAGGAGGGAAAAUACGGUUUUAACGUUAAGGGUGGUACAAGUCGUGAUGUCCCGAUUUUGGUGUCUAGAGUAGCACCAAAUACACCAGCUGAUAAAUGCACACCUCGUUUAUCUGAAGGUGAUCAAGUGAUUCAGAUAAAUGGGGUCGACGUUUCGCAUGCUUUACAUGAAGAUGUUGUUAUGUUAAUACACAGGGCGAGGGGUACAAGUGAUGGAAAAUUGGUAUUGGUGGUUAAACCCAACGUUUUGUAUGCCGGUAUGGAAGAAUUCGAAGAACCCCCAUACCAAUACGUCCCUGUAGGUGAAUUACAACGCCCCCCAUCUCCGGAAAAUGCCCUUGAGCAAAGCAUGCUCCUAUUGGCUGAUGGUUUAGCGAGUGGCGCCCUCAUCGCCCGCUAUGAAAUGUUAUAUCGCAAACAUCCCGAAUUAACAUGCGAUGUUUCACUUGAAUCGAAAAAUAUCAACAAGAAUCGUUACAGGGAUAUUUCGCCUUAUGACUCGACUCGUGUGAUACUAAAAAAUGCACCCAGUGGUGAUUACAUCAACGCCAACUACGUCAAUAUGAAAAUAAACGGUACUGAUAUAAUUAAUAAGUAUAUAGCGACUCAAGGCCCACUACAAUCAACCUGUGAGGACUUUUGGCAAAUGAUUUUGGAAGAGAAAUGUAAUUUAAUUGUGAUGUUAACGACACUAAUUGAACGCGGACGUGCCAAGUGUCAUAAAUAUUGGCCAAAUGUGGGCGAAACUUUGACGAUGCAAAAUGUGAUAAUUCAAUGUGUUGGAGAAACAACGGACGAAUCUGGAAGUUUUAUUUUCAGAGAUUUUAGUCUGACUGACGUUAAAAAUAACACUGAAUGGAACUUGAAACACAUCCAGUAUGUGGCAUGGCCAGAUCAUGGAGUACCCGAUUCUCCCGCACUUUUUCUCAGUUUUACGGAAAAAGUGCGAGAGGCCCGUAAAGGGGAUGCCCCUGUUGUGGUCCACUGUAGUGCAGGGAUUGGUCGAACUGGUGUCCUGGUUCUCAUGGAGACGGCCUUGUGCUUAAUUGAGGCCGGGGAACCAGUGUACCCCCUUGAAAUUGUCAAAACGAUGAGAGAGCAACGAGCAAUGAUGAUACAAAAUGCUAGUCAAUAUCGGUUCGUUUGCGAAAGUGUUCACACAGCUUAUUUGCAAACAAUUGGUGACGAAGCGAAGCUUUUUAGGUGAGAAGGUUUUGUUUAGGACAGCCAGGGUGUUCAACUAAUCCGUCGUGAGGUAAUGUGAUUGUUUUUCAUUGAACCGGCGGUGCCUUGAGGCAAUUAUUUUUUUCAUUAACAAAUACUCACAUCACGAAUUUGAUUCGCUGCAGUUUGAUUUUUCCUUGUUUUCGGGGAUUGUUAGUGCUUUAGCACAGCCUACUUGAUGGAUAGGGACACUUAAUUAAUUAUGUGACGCUCACUAUCGAAGAGGCUGUGGCUUGUGGUUAUUAGGCAGUUAUUAAUCGUACUAAGAUGAAGACAUUAAAGGCUGAUUUUUUCUAUGUAAAUUAAUAUUGUCCCGUAUUAGAUGAAUUGUAAAGGAUAGAAAAAUAUUUGAAGAGUGUUCGUGUUCAUCACUUUAAAAACUGUGUUUUCCUUUUGUUUAACAAACUAAUUACGAUUUUUUUCUAAAAAAAAAGUACAAAAAGCACUUGUAUUUAUUUUAAUUAUGUAGGUUUUUUAUUUUAUCGUUUAAUACAAAAGGAUUCCUUAUACAUAUUUAAUCUAUAGACAUAAUGUAAUUAUGUAAUUUUUAAAAAUUUACAAAAAAUUAAUAUAUUUGUCAAUUUCA